AUGGGCGAUUUCAACUUCCGGGCCCUUCCUGCCGAUCCUGAGGAGGCGCAGGCUGCUGGUCGCAGGGAGGAGCACGGGCCUCGCCCACCUCGGCACUGGCGCGCGGGGCUGCGCGGCUACACGGAGCUGCAGCCUGCGGAGCCGACCCACUGGGCUCAGAAUCGCGGGACCUACAGCUCCAUCGAUAGGAUCUACGUGGGCGCCCCGCAGUGGCUGCAAUGCCAGACGUGGAUGCAGCUCUCCAACGGCGGCGACCCGAGGGAGCUACACUGCAGUGGGCUCAGCGACCACACGCUGCUGACCCUCGCGUGGUCGCGCCACCCGCCGGCGCGCCGGGACCCCGAUCGGCCGGCGCCGAUCCCCGACUACAUCUGCAAGCUCCCGCGGUACCGGGAGCUGGUGGGCCUCUACGUCGCGGCCCUCCCGCUCGAGCGACUUCCUGCUCCGGAGCGGCUUCUGGUCUCCACGAGGCUCCUGCAGGCGGCGGCGAAGGAGGUGCAGAAUGAGGAGUUGAGGACGAUGUCGUGGACCCGGCGCUCGACGGCGACGAUCUGGCGGCAGAUGGCGCGGGCUUGCUGGCGGGAGGAUUGGAGGCUUGCUGACCUCCUCUGCCGCCGCCACCCGUGGGCGCAGGAGUUCCUGGACGUCGACACCACGCGACGCACGGUCGUCAUGAAGCGGCCCGACGAGUUCCACCGAAGGCACGCCCUCGCCCAACGCCGCUUCAUGGCGCAGCGGGGCCGCGAGGCCGAGGCGGACGCGGCGGCGGCCCAGGGGUGCCCCCCUCCUGGCCCUGAGAGCGAGGACCAAGCCAGGCGAGCGAAGAGUGAGCUCAUGCGCCUGCGCGGGCAGCAGCGGGCCCUGCGGCGUCGGGCGGCGCUCUGGUCGCCCUUCUCGGCGCGGCGCUGCCUGGGCGCGGUCAAGGCGCAGCGUGGCGCGGUGACCGCCCCGCUGGACAAGGCGGCCGCCCUCGCCUCCCAUUGGGGCGCGGUCUUCGAUCCCGAGCCGCAGACGCCUGGGCGCAAGCAGUGGCGCGAGCGGACCGGUCGGCAAUACAUUCAGUGUCACGGCCUCCAGCGCUAUGACUGGGAGGCCCUGGGGCCGCCCACCAAGCAGGACAUCGCCAGGGGCAUCGCCUCGGCCCGCGCCUCGGCCCCCGGGGUCGACGGGCUCCCUGCCAGAGCAUGGGGUGCCCACCCCGCGCUGGCGGACGCCCUCACGGCGGCCAUGCACUGGCAGAUGGACGGGCUGCCGCUGGGGAUCGCCUUCAACGACUCCAUCUUGAUCUGUCCGCCGAAGGGCGACGAGCCGGACGACGUCAUCGGACAGCCUGUUUCUCGUGGGGCUGAGGACACGCGGCCGCUCUCGCUCCGGAACUCGGGGGCCAAGAUCAUCUCCUGGGCCCUGAACGCCAAGCUGAAGCGCGCAGUGGCGGCGUCUGUGUGCUGGACACAACGAGGCUUCCUGACGGGCCGCAACUUCUGCGAAAACUUGGUCGAGGGCGACGCCUUCGCGAGGAUGGCGGGGAUGAUGGCCGCUGCCGCUGGGCCGCGCGCCCGGUCCGGACCGCCGCCGGCGUACCUUAACGAUUCCUUAAGGCCAGAAUCUCCAGCGGCCGCGGGCUGCGGCGCGGGCGGCGCGGGCGCCCGAUCCAGGCCAAAAUCUCCACCGGCCGCGGGCUGUGGCGUCAGCGCGCCGGCGGCCCGGGCGCCUGCUGGCAAGGGCGGCGCGCCCGCCGGCGGCGGCUCCGGCCUGCGCCCUGGAGUCGGGGACGUGCUCCUCAACCCGUCCUCGACCGAGUGGCUGAAGCUGGACCCUGCGGAACUGCGAGGGCUGGGUCCGCCUCGGCCGUUUCUGUGCAGCUACGAUUACUCGCGCGCCUUCCCCUCGGUCUUCCAGGAUUGGCUGUGGUGGGUGCUGGAGGAGUGGGAGAUCCCGCAGCCCCUGCUGAAUGGGCUCCAGAUGCAAUACAGCGAGGUCCGUGCCCUGGACUCCGGGCCGACGCGCGAGGAGCUCUUCCGUGUGCGCAGCGGGGUGCUGCAAGGUGACCCUGCUUCGGGAUCCCUGUACGCGGCUGGAGAGCACCCGUUCUGCCAGGACAUGGCCAAGCACCUGGAGGGGCGGCGCCGUGGCGUCGGCCGCUGGUGCGUGGACGACCUCCUCACGGUCACGCUCCAGCUGGUCGGACUUCGCGUGGUCGGGAGGAUCAUGAAGGCCUCGGCGCUGCUCGCCAACCUGGUCCUGAAGGAGGAGAAGUGCGUCUGCGUGCCCCUCUGGGCACCCCUCUCGGCGGAGGUGGAGGAGGAAGCGCGCCAGAUCCUCGGCUCCGUCUCCGAGCGGUGGCGGCUCUUCCGCAUCGCCCCGAUGGCGAAGGCGCUCGGGGUCCUCCUGGGCCCAGCAGCGUCGACGGACCUCCAGUGGGCGCCAACGCUGGAGAAGUGGGAAUGGCGCGCCGGGCAGAUUGCCGCUGCCCCCUACGAUGCACAGACGGCGGUGCAGGUCUACCACGAGAGGGCCCUGGCGGUCGCCUCGUACAAGGCGCAGCUCAUCCCGCUGCCGAAGCGCCUGCCCAAGGCAGAGCACCACGUGCUUUGUCGGCUGCUGCGGGCGCCGGGCAGCUGGCUCGGACUCUUGGAUUUCUCGGCCCUGGACCUGCUCGCUUUGACCCCGAUACACCUCCUUGGGGACCUCUGCGCAGCGGCCCGCGUGCGCACCGCCACGCAGACCUUGGUGACAUGGCGCGCGAUGGCGCGGGCCCUCCGCGAGACGGCAGCGCGGUGCCUUUCGCUCGAGGCCCUCGGCCGAGGGCUCGCGUGGCCGGGCUUCUGGGAAGCGAGGCCCCUUGCCAUGCUCCUGGAGGAGGCGGCGACGCUGCUGGGCUCGGAGACUGCCCUGAGGGUCGCGUCGCUGGAAGCCGAGGCCGCGCUGAUGCGCGCCCUCGCGCUGCCCGAUCGACGAUCGGGCCUGGCUGCGAGGGUGCGCAAGCGCCUGCAGAAAUGGUUUGCCAUUCCCCCGGCCACGCGGCGUGCGCCGGCCGUGUGGGGCGUGCCGGCGUUGCGGGCCUUCUCGAGCGUCAAGUACCAGGCCUCGCACGAGUGGCUCCGCCUGGACGCCAACGGCGAGGGCACCCUCGGCAUCUCCGACUUUGCACAGGGCGCGCUCGGCGAGGUCGUUUACGUAGACCUGCCGUCCGAGGGCGCCACCUUCAAGACCAAGGAUACGAUCUGCACGCUGGAGAGCGUGAAGGCGGUGGGCGAGGCAUACGCGCCGGUGGAUUGCGAGGUGAUCGAGGUGAACGAGAAGCUGAACGACGAGCCCACCCUCGUCAACAGCUCGUGCAUGGAGGAUGGGUGGUUGGUGAAGAUCAAAUACACGGGUGACUUGUCGCACUUGAUGGACCAGGCCGCGUACGAAAAGCACCUCGAGGACACCAAAGAGGAGUAGGUCCGCACAGGUACUACAUCCCUUUGUCUGCCUCCCCGCUCUCCCCUCCUCUGUUGUCCACCUCCCUUCCUCUCCAUCCCUCGCUCUUUAUCGCGUGUGCCUGCCCCUUCUCCUCCUCCUCCUCCUCCUCGGCCACGCGCAGAAGGGGGGUUAGGGGGAGGGCCGUAAGACGCCCCCCCCCUUCCCCUACUCGCCUCUGCGCGCCGCCAACCUGCCGUAGCUUCCCAGCGCGCCCCCUCCUGCCUUUGCUGCCCUCUCUCCCGCCCGCCAGCCUUUUUUGCUCGCCCCUCGGACUUCGUACCCCUCCUGCGCUCUCCCCACCAUUCUGGCUGGCCCUCUCUAUCGAUUUCGACCCCAUCGCGCUUUCAACCAGCUUAUGGCUGAUCGGGUGCUCCUGAUGUGCAAGCGCCGUUGGGUAGAUCUUAGUGUCUUGGUGUCGCGCCAGAAAGAAAA